AUGGAAAGGACACUUUCAUGGCAGGAUGUGAGAGAUGCUCCUUCGUUAUCCAAUCAUAACUAUCGAUUUGUAGAAAUCUCAAACAGAAAAUACAGAAAACCACCUAUUUGGUUUUCAGUGAAAGUGAACCGUAUCGACGGCAACAGUCAACAAACGACCUGUCACCCGGGUUCUAUUUUUGAAGGCACAGUCAAUAUCAAAUUAGAGACACCAAUAGCAGCACAAUAUCUGAAGCUUGUCUUUAAAGGAGCAGAGAAAAUACACAGUGAUGUGAUUGGAAAAGAACAUAAACGAAAAGGAGAACGGUUGUUUGCUAUCCGUACUGUUCUCUGGGGCAUUCCUGACGAUAAUGAGAUACAGACACAAUGGCCUAUUAUUGAACCCGGUGAACAUCAAUUUCCAUUUAUGUGCGAAAUGCCUAUGGUGAAUUAUCCUCCCACAUUCAGACACCACCUUGCAUCGUGUGAAUUUGAAUUAGUCGCUUGUUUAGAGCGACCUGGCAUUCGACCCUUCCAGACAACACCAUACUAUUUGCGUUAUGAGCCCUUUUUGAGCUCAAGUCAAUCAAAGCAAGCAGCACUAUACCAAGAAAAAGUACGGUUAUCCAACGCCUAUAAAGCCACUAUCAGCCUACCAGGUGGCUGUCAAUAUAACUUGCUUGAUACUCGGUCUAUUCCACUUGAAUUAUCGAUUCAACAUUUACUGAACAAGCAACAGCCAUCUGAAGUACUGAAUCAUAUUGAAGUCUAUGUGAAGCGGCAAGUGGAUGUGACGCAUGGUACUUAUUUCCGCUCUGAUACCAUGGUCAUGAGUCAUGUAGACCAAUCGACUUUUAGACUCAAACGUACAAAAGCAGGCACUCGUACUUUUGCUAUCACCCUACCUUUACCAACCCGCAUUAACCCAGACUUGGACCAGACAACCCAACGAAAUUUCGAAGUGCUUGGCAUGACAACCCACAUUGAUUUUUCUAAGCAUAUUCAUAUGAACUAUAGGCUGUAUGUGACAGCCAAAGUCAAACAUGGCUUGAUUUGGACAAAAAGGCAAUUGUUCUGUAUUCCUCUCCAUUUCGGUACCAUGUCUCGAGGAGAACAAGUGCCGAGUAGUCUUGUGAGUUACAGAGACCCUGUUGUUACGGCUGAUACAACCUUAUCUACUAAGCCAAGGUUCAUAAGAGCACCUAGCUUAGAUGAACAAUUGCCUGCUUAUGAUGAAGAAACAUCACCACCUGUUUAUCAACACACAUUUGGAUUAUUUCGACUUGUAUCUACUUGA